GAGGAAAAGACGGAUGAUAUCUACCUUCCAUAUGUAUGAGUCUGAGUCUGUCCCUGGAGGAGUUGUUCAGGGUUGUCCAAAGACAGCCUGCUGUUGAUUGGUCGGUGGUCGGGGCCUGCUGUGAGGAAGCUGCCGUCAUCCCAGCAGACGUGCUGGGGAUGCUGACUCAACUGGCUGCUCCCUGCACUCGCUCCUGCUGCUGAUGGACUGCGCCCUGCUUGGACACAUCAGGUGGAUGCUGAGGAUCUGAGAUUCUCCGGGCACCGCAAAACGGAAUAAAACGGAUUAACGCAGAGAGGUCCGUGUUUGGCACAAGUGCUCUUUCGAUGGUCUCCAGACGGGAUGUGAGCUGAACGAGGAGCCGCAGAGGAGCUGUCCGUCCGUCGAGGUGCUGAUGCGGCUGUGACCGACCAGCGAGCAUGGCCGCCGGGAAGUUACUGCUCUACGCCGGGCUCUCUCUGUCUCUCUGCGCCCUGGGCAUGCUGGCUGUGGCGAUGUGCUCCGACCACUGGUACGAGACCGACGCGAGGAGGUACCGGGAUCGGUGUCGCAGCAUCUCCAGCCGACGCAAGGACCCGGGCUUCAUCUACAUCCCCAACAACAGCCUGCCGCUGCGGGCCAGCCGGGAGAAGCUGCUGCUGCUGGCCCGCAGCCGGCGGCAGCUGUUCGCCAUGAGCGCCGCGGACGAGUGCGGCAGGCAGUACAACUCCACCAACAUGGGGCUGUGGAGGAAAUGCCACCGACUGGGCUUCGACCAAGAAAUCGAAGACCUCAUCCGGAAAGGUUCCAUCGCAAGAUGCUCCUACAUCAAGUACCACUACUCCUCGGCUACGGUACCGAAAAACCUCUCCUACAACAUCACCAAGACAAUAAGGCAGGACGAGUGGCACUCUCUCCACUUACGGCGGAUGACAGCCGGAUUCAUGGGCAUGGCAGUGGCCAUCAUUCUGUUCGGUUGGAUCAUCGGAGUGCUGGGCUGCUGCUGGGACCGAGGCCUCAUGCAAUAUGUGGCCGGGCUGCUCUUCCUCAUGGGAGGGACCUUCUGCAUCAUCUCCCUCUGCACCUGCGUUGCCGGCAUCAACUUUGAGCUUUCCCGCUUCCCACGGAACCUCUAUGGCCUUCCUGACGACAUCGGCCACGGCUACGGCUGGUCUAUGUUCUGCGCUUGGGGCGGUCUCGGCCUAACCCUCAUCUCAGGCUUCUUCUGCACCCUGGCGCCAUCCGUUCAGCCAAUACCGCGUUCCACCUGCCCCAAGUCGCGGCAGGAGAACGGCACCGUCUGCUAAAGCAACUAUAACAAAAGAAAAAAAGAAAAGAACUACUCCAUGUUUUCAUUCAUCCGAUCAUCUCCCCCCCGGUUCUAUUUUUUUUCUAAUUUGUGUGUGGUUACAAUGAGUGUCUUGAUCUGUUAUAUUGAAAAUAUCUGAAGAACUAUACAACUAUUAUCUGAAAAAUAUGAAGUUGUGCUUGUUUUGUCGUUGUGGAGCUGAACAUGACAUGACCAGGAAGCGAUUGUUGAGGAAUCUACAAGAACUGAAAGUGAUCUGACGCUGAUGGACAAUGUCUCCUGGACUUCAAAUGCUUCUCGCAGUGUCUCUCUGGACCACUGAGCACGUGUGAGGAAACACUUGAAUCCACAAUGUGGCCGUUUCCCAUGGAUGUGGCCUCCUGUAGCCAACUCUGGAAUCACGCAGACAUUGAGGACAUGCAGUGUUCCAGACCGCUGACAAUUUGGGGCCACAAGGGACCCUCUCUGUUGUACAUUACUGUACAGAAUAUUCCUGAGAGGUGACGCCUCACUCUCAUUCUCCUGUAGGUGCAACCCAUUCUGUCCCACUUCCCCAUCAUAUCUAGUGUUUUUAUACAUCCACCCUUCUUGUAUCCAAAGUGUAUUUUCCUUUGUAACAGAAGAAAAAAAAACACCAUGGGACAAUUUAGUGUUAGAAUUUUUCCAUUCAAUUCAUACAAGUAUACGUGUGAGCGUGUGUGAGAAAAGUUAUUUUUUGAGCCGAUAUUGGACAAUGUAAAAACAGUGUUGGAGAUGAAGUCCAAGGACGACAGCGAUUUCCUUAUGAACCCAGUUGACUUCGCCCUCUACGUCCCUCGCCGGGGACCGACAAAGAUGAGACGUUGCAUUUCCGCUGCUAAAAUGCAAAAGCAUCUCACGAGAUCGCGCCGGUUCCUCUCUCCGGAUUAAAGUGUGUCGGGUAGUGAAACAAAGCACAUGCGUAUCAACAAAUCUAGGACAAGACUCGGCAGUUCCACUUUCAUCGCGCUCUAAUACAAACCGCCUUAAGAGCAGAAAUACACUCUCUCCGACAUGAUUGGGCCCGUCCUCCCUCAGAUUUCGUUUUCCAGACAGCAUUUGCAAAACCCUCUGGUGACCCUUUUCAAAUCAGACUUAACAAAUGGAAUAUUAACCUUUUGGGGAUUGAGAUGGAUUUUUAUUUUCAGCAUUGGUUCUGAUGUACUGAAACUUGGAAUGGAGUUCAGCACGAAAGUAACCAAGAAGACAUGCCGUGAAAAAAAGGGACUCAAAGGAGGUAACGCAGAAAGUGCUUUUCAUUCACAAGGGUCUGAGUGGGGUGGAAUCUUUGAACAAUUCCCUGCCUAUCAGAAAGUUAGUCCAAGUUCGACGCCCAAACCUGAGUCACGCUGCGGGGGAAGCAUGACACAGAAAUCUGCAUAACAAAACAUGAAUUCGGAACAAAAAUGGAAAUUUAAUUUGAAGACAUUUUUUGUGAGAUGUGUUUUGCGAACUCGCACUUUUCGACGACAGAGAUCGAAUUGAAAAACAAGCCUACAUGACAUUUCGUGAACAUGCGGUGUUUUAUAGUCAAGUUAUGGUCAUACUUUUCAUGCCACUUCAGCGACAUGACUUCUAAUAAAGGCCAAUGCAGACAUGUGCUGAGAGCAGGAGACAGGUCAAGACUUGGUUCAUGGUCUCCCAACAAUACAUAAACUCUAGUCGCAAGUUCACCAAGGCAUUCUGUUUGAAUUACCGUCAUGUAUUUACAUGAAAAAGAAUUUCAAAAUCCCAACACUUUCUAGAUUCCCAUGACUGGACAAACCCUUCAUGCUCGCAAUGGAUUGAGGUUUCAGCCAAAAAUUGCGACGGAUCUUGUGUGGCACUUACAGACUCCUUAUGAAGUAUAUUUCGCUGUAUGCGUUACAUUCAAAAGCAACACAUCAAGUGACUUUAUGCACAUGGGUGAGCGCUGUCCAAUCUAAAAUUAUUAAUGCCUUUAAGAUGACCAGAGCACAUCAACGUAUUUUAAAAUGAGGAUCAAUAUUAACGUACACCAAUAUAUUUGUGUUGACUUCAAAGGUCAAAUUUCCAGUUUUCCUGUCUGUCAUGCUCUAGAAAAUAAAUACACCCAGCAGCCAUUCAAUUGAUGUUAUUAAUUGUUAUUAAUUUUCCAACCCUGAAUUGAACGUGUGUGUGUGUGUCACAUUCACUGGGGCUGUGUAAAAGCUAAGAUUUGAUGGAGACGCGUACAUUAUUUCAAAUGAACAGGAAGGCAGCUGGACAAUAAUGUCUUAUUGAACAGUAUAUUUGAGAACAAGUGUAUUAUACUGACUGGGUAUUUUCAACGGCUGCAGUGUACAACUGAAAUCAACUUGGUUACAUUGUGCUACAUUAAGGGCACGUUCCCUCUCAAAGCCACAUCAAAAUAAGGCGCUGAGGGCAGUCAGAAGCACAAAAAUAUGACAAUCCAUUUCCCCUUUCCCCCCAGUUCCACAUCAUUCCAGGUGAAAAACAGAGGGUACGGCGCGAGAAGGAGUAUGACAAAAAAACGGCACAGCAACUUUGAUUUUGGACAGAGGCUGGACAAAUACAAAAAUGACCUUUCAACCUUUAACAUCAGUAAUGUGUCUGUUGAGUAAACAUUAAUAUGAGAAAAAAAAGGAAAUGUUCAACUGUGGAAUGUAAAAUCACAAGAAAAUAAAAUCUCAUCAGUGUGUUUAUCAAUGCU